AUGAUGAUGAGGGCCUUCGUCCUGUUGGCCAUCUUUGUGGAAGCCUCCGCGAAGUCCUGCACUCCGAAUAAAGCAGAUGUCAUUCUUGUGUUCUGUUACCCAAAAACCAUCAUCACCAAAAUCCCCGAGUGUCCCUAUGGAUGGGAAGUACAUCAGCUGGCCCUGGGCGGGCUGUGUUACAAUGGGGUCCACGAAGGAGGAUACUACCAGUUUGUAAUCCCAGAUUUGUCACCUAAAAACAAGUCCUAUUGUGGAACCCAGUCCGAGUACAAGCCCCCCAUCUACCACUUCUACAGCCACAUUGUCUCCAAUGACAGCACGGUGAUCGUGAAGAACCAGCCCGUGAACUACUCCUUCUCCUGCACCUACCACUCCACCUACUUGGUGAACCAGGCUGCCUUUGACCAGAGAGUGGCCACCGUUCACGUGAAGAACGGGAGCAUGGGCACAUUUGAAAGCCAAUUGUCUCUCAACUUCUACACUAAUGCCAAGUUCUCCAUUAAGAAAGAAGCCCCUUUUGUCCUGGAGACAUCUGAAAUCGGUUCAGACCUGUUUGCAGGAGUAGAAGCCAAAGGGCUGAGCGUUAGGUUUAAAGUGGUUUUGAACAGUUGCUGGGCCACACCCUCGGCUGAUUUCAUGUAUCCCUUGCAGUGGCAGCUGAUCAACAAGGGCUGCCCCACGGAUGAAACCGUCCUGGUGCAUGAGAACGGGAAAGAUCACAGGGCGACCUUCCAAUUCAAUGCCUUCCGGUUCCAGAACAUCCCCAAGCUCUCCAAGGUUUGGUUACACUGUGAGACGUUCAUUUGUGACAGCGAGAAGCUCUCCUGCCCAGUGACUUGCGACAAGCGGAAGCGCCUCGUCCGAGACCAGACAGGGGGCGUCCUGGUCGUGGAGCUCUCCCUCCUCAGCAGGGGAUUCUCCAGCCUCUAUAGCUUCUCAGAUGUUCUCUACCACCUCGUCGUGAUGCUGGGGAUCUGUGCCGUGUUAUAGGAGCCAGGCAGGCAGGCAGCUGCAGCUUCUCCGUCCAAGGUCAUCUCCGUGGAUGACACACUCCACAUUUUCUGUGCUGCCAAAAAGCACACACAGAAGACCGCGUUGUUGGGGAACAGGCAAUAGCGCUUUGCCAAGUGCGUGUUCCAACGAUUCGUGUGAAUUUCAGUGAUUGUUUUCCUUUGGUGCCCCUCUUCCUCUUGUUACUUCCGGUGGCUCUGAGCUCCUGGAGUCCCCCUCCUGCAACUGGCGGGGGAGCCUUCUCUCCCUAAACUCAAGGCAGGGCCGUGGUGGACUCCUUUGAAAGCUCUCCUGAUUGUAAAAGACCAGCACACCCAGCCAAGUGCAGCUGAGCAUGUUCAGGGGGAUACAGGGCAUAACCACAAAGUCAGGGCUCAGGACAGAAGACACAGGAAGAGCCAACUUUGACGAAGAGGCCUUUGCCAUUGAGGCUGCCGAUUCUAAUCUGGGGAUCAGAGCUGAGCCUCAGGGGUUCCAAUCUUUCAAACCAAGGUGUGGGGUUCAGAGUGGAAUAGAAUAGUUUUUGCUCAAAUCUCCACAAUAUAAAGGGGAGUAACUCUUGUGCUCCCCCAGUGCUAACCCAAUUAAUCUUGUUAUAGGCUUUCUUAAAUAUGCAUAAACAUUACAUAGGUGUAAACUCCUCAUUUUUAUUGCUGAUAUAUAUUUCUAAAAUCAAAAGAAACUUACAAAUUAAAAAUAGGAAUACAGCUACAAAAAGAAUAAAGCUCACAUGAACAUUAAUUUCACAGAAUGUGGCAUUGACUACAUGGAGCUGCUGCUUACGGCAUGACUACAGAGUGGCAGCCACGACAGGUUCCCUGGAGCUCUUCAACCCCGACCUACCGUAGGCCUUGUGAUGCUCACUGCUCUCUCUUUUUUUCUAUUUGCUCUACUAAGAAAUCCUCAUUUGUACAUAUUGGUCUGACCUCAUUUAGCCUCUACUUCAACAUUCAAACACCUGUUUUGUCUAAAUAACUUACGAUCAGUAGAAUGGAACCAACAAAAAAAUUCAGAAACACAAAUGCAAAUUUGGCCAAUGAAUCUUCAUGGUGCCACACCCUGAUAACAUUAUCUCCCACCCCCCAGUGACCCAGAAUAUAGCAAUAUUAGUCAUUUCCAUAGUCAACAAAACAAAAAUUGAAUAAAGCAAAACUGGUAGAGAAUUGGCAGAUCUCCACGAAUGCACUGUAGACCCUGGUUUGAGGCUGGAAGCUGGAGUGAGAUGGAAAGGUCAGAGGUCUAAGUUCUUUUCUUAGUCUUGUACAGACUUAAUUAGUGGGCUUUUAUGUAUUUGAGAAGUUUUGAGAUCUGUAGUUUGAUGGUUCUUUUACAGUUGUGUUAAUGAACUCAGAAAUGAAGCUAGUUCUCCAAUCUCUGGAGACAGAGUACAUGUUUGUUUAGCAACAGGCUAGGUUAAAAUGGCUCAUUGUAGUCCAACCUGUUCAUUAAGAAUUGUUGUAGUCAGGAAGGACAGGAGACAUAUUUUAUUGGUUCUAGUGAAAACUCUCAAAUAGCAUACUCAGAACCAUAAUCAAAAUCCUUGGUUGUCAGAGUAAAAUAAUGUUGUAUUAGUUUUGCUUUAUUUUAUCCUAAAAUUUUGUUCUUGUUCUCUACCUGGUGCUAUGGAAUAAAUAAAAUGCCUUAAAACAAACAACCUAUGACUAAGCUCACAGUGUUAAUCUAUCAUGUUGGUAGGUAAUUCCAACAUUCCCCACAGUUUCUACAACUAGAGCUCCUUAGACUCAUAUAUA